AAAAAAAAAAAAUGCGUGCCAUUUACAGGUGAUGGUGUUAAUGAUUCUCCAGCACUGAAGCGUGCAGAUAUUGGAGUAGCAAUGGGUAUUGCUGGCUCGGAUGUCUCCAAACAGUUCCGCUGGUUGCAGGCAGCGGAUAUGAUCUUGUUGGACGAUAAUUUCGCAUCAAUCGUUGUUGGCGUAGAGGAAGGCCGACUGAUUUUCGAUAACUUGAAGAAGUCGAUUGCUUAUACACUCACAUCGAAUAUCCCGGAAAUUUCUCCCUUCUUGACCUAUAUCCUUGCUGGUAUCCCGUUGCCUCUUGGUACGGUAACUAUUCUGUGCAUCGAUCUCGGGACUGAUAUGGUACCAGCAAUAUCGCUGGCUUACGAGGAAGCUGAAUCGGACAUAAUGAAACGGAAACCACGUGAUCCGCUACGCGAUAAACUUGUCAACGAACGGUAA